UUCACUCUGAGCUGCAUGGACUUUCUGGGAUCUAACACAAUCAACAAGAAUGGAGCAGACUUUGAGCAAAACAACGGACUUUCGUACGCAAGACACUGAGCACUGAGAGGAGGGUAGAAAGUUCUAAAGAGUUACAUUUUCAGCUGUGGAGUGAAAUGAAUUGAUAAACCUCCUGUGAUUCGAGUUUCCCAUCCUUUGAGACCCUCUCAUUGAAGACUAAAGCACCGUUCAGGACAAAGAAAGUCUUCAUCGAGCCGUUAUCUUGGAGACUGGCUCACCUGAGGAUCUUUGCUCUUGUCAGAGACUCGCCCUGCAGAACUGAUAAGCACAAAGAAAAAAUCAAUAGCUGAAAAUCUGAGCUCACCACUCUGUGACCAUGAGCGAGGACAUGGAGAUAGCAGAUGAGAAGGACUGGCAUGAGCUUGAACCCAACUACCCGGUAAAAAUCUUCCUCACUGUCUUUUACAGCCUCAUCCUGCUGACGGGGAUUGUGGGAAAUUCGGUCACGAUCAGAGUAACACAGAUUCUGAAGCGUAACGGUUACCUGCAGAAGAAUGUGACGGACCACAUGGUUAGCUUAGCAUGCUCUGACUUGUUGGUCCUCAUCAUCGGGAUGCCUGUGGAGCUCUACAGCGCCACCUGGUUCCCGUUCACAUCAGCUUCGGGCAAUGCCCCCUGUAAGAUCUACAACUUCCUGUUUGAGGCUUGCAGCUACGCCACCAUCCUGAAUGUGGCCACGCUAAGCUUUGAGCGCUACACGGCGAUCUGCCACCCAUUUCAGUUCAAAGCUCUAGGAGGAAGACGAACCACCGGGCUCAUCACGUUCGCCUGGCUGGCAUCCUUCCUCAUCGCCUUGCCUUUGCUGAUUGCAACGGGAACGCAGGGGCACAUCCCCUACCUGGCGGAAACGCCAGUGCAGAAUCUGACCUUCUGCACCAACCUGAGGGAGCACUGGGUGAUGUACAGGGUCAGCAUCUUCAUGGCGUUUCUUAUCUACAUGAUCGUGUUGAUCUGUGUGGCCUUCAUGUGCAGGGCCAUGAUCCUAGUUCUCCGCAGACCUUUAGGAUCCAUAGAUGACGUCAUCAACCGACCUGUACGAGUACCGAUACACGAAAAUCAAAAGGCGAAGAUGGCCAGGAAGCAGACCAUCAUAUUUCUAGGUCUCAUCGUAGGAUCCUUGAUGGUUUGUUGGCUUCCCAACCAGAUUCGUCGUCUCAUGAUGGCCGCCGUUCCCAAGUCUCGCUGGACCACCUCUUACUUUCGCAGCUACGUCACUCUCCACCCUGUGGCCGACACCUUCUUCUACCUGAGCUCCGUCCUCAACCCGUUCCUCUACAACCUCUCCUCCAGACAGUUUAGGGAGGUUUUUGUUCAGGUGCUGCGCUGCCGCCUCACCAUUGAACACAAAAACAGGCGCACCUUGCACAGCUCCCACGCUGCCUCGGGACGCUCUCUACAGCCACUGAUUUUAAAGUCUUUACGUCGCAGUAAGGUUAACCGCUCCACGCUUGCAGAGGGGAAAAGUCCUCCCACAUUUACAACCUUUCAGCAGCAGAGCAACUCAGGAGUGGCUUCAAACACUGAAACUUCUCUCAACCUCACUGAGGAGUCUGACUCGGCUCUCAAAACAAAGAUAGAUGUACCAACAGAGAGUGAAAUAUGACCAGCUGUACAGUUCAAUGAACGGUGAAAACAAACCAUUUAUGUCUGAACUAUCACAAUCAACUACCUAUACUCAGUUAACUCUGUACCAAGUGUAAUGGCAGAAAAUCCUUUGACAAAUCAUGCUCCACUGACAUUUUGGCACAAAAGCUUACUGGAGAGACUCAACAACUUAGGAAACUGAAAGGAAAGUCAGUAAAUUAGUCUUGAAAAUAAAAAAGCUGAAAUAUUUAGCCAAAGGUCUGACAUCCAACGAUGGUAUCGACGGGACCAUGAGGUCUUGGGUCCACCCAGGAUCUACUCCAGUCUGUAUGUGCGCUAAGGAGCUGUAAUUUAUUUGACAUUAUGAAGGUUAAUAAAAUAUGUAAGAUAAUUCACCUCUUUAAAGGUGCAUCAUUUAUUUUGUUGUUUCACAAUACUUUGGUUUAAAAAAUUGUGGUUUGAAUUUAAAAUCCUGAUAAUGACAGGUACCAAAUCAAAACAUACUUGGAGACUUCAAAAAGAAGAAAGUGGAAGUAUUUAGGAAGAACAGUAACCCAGCCACAAAGCAGAAGCCCACCUAA